UUAUGCCGCUCUCGGAUGCAAGACGUACGCACAGUUGCAUUUUGCACGCGAUUUAACUUUUGACCAAUUUAGCAGAGCAGACCACAGAGAGAAACUAGCCGCCAGUAAAUCGUCAAAUUCGAGUUUAAUUUGCUCCGGCUCUUGUUUUACUAGCUUUUUUACAGAUGAUAAGAUACUUCUUACAAAUACGUGGACACGCAUAACCUUGAACUAUCACCCAAAAAGUAGACCCGGAGUAAUGUUUAUAGACACGAUCGAAGAUUACACAUUUUAUCCACCAUCCUCCAGUCCAAUCCCACCCGCCGAGGAACGGCCUGAGACUCCUACUGUAGAACCAGUCCCAGAAGCUGCACCUACCACAGCAAGCGAGAGUCGCGCAAAAACCGCUAACACCUACGAUGAAGUGUACCAGCAGGGGAUUUUUGAUGUCGCCAAUAUGAAUAAUGAAAUACCCCCGCUUCGCGUUUUCGAUGCCUUGCCUAUGUUAGAGGAAGGGUUGGCGCCGCAGACGGGUUCUACCGCUCUUGAACGCGUCCUCAGCACCACUACAUCGAACGACACCUGCCACUCCGCAGUGAGCCGCCUCGCACCGCGGACCGAAUUUGACAGUGCACAGGAACCAUCAGAUAUUAACAGUAAUUCAUACUAUCUUUUGAGAGGGAUCUACAAGUUCCUUUUCCCCCCUCUACCAGCCAGCCAGCCCCAGCACUCCCACGAAACGGUCCCGCUCUUGGGAGGCCACCCGCACGAAGAGUAUGGGAGGCCAGAAAGCAGGGAAAAUGAACCUCAUCCACAUGGUGAUAGAGGCGUGGAGCCUCUAACAAGAUGGUCCAGAUAUAGUCUAUACAUGGUUGUCGGCGUUUUAACGGCAUCUUUGGUAGCCUACUCCUGGAUCUACGACAGCUGGGAUAUGGUGUUCGUGAUCAUGAGGGCCAUCGUUUGCUAUUUAGGCGGUAGCAGUUUGACCAUGAGACAUAUGUGCGAAAAAAAUCUUUGAGAG